AUGGCCUUUGCUGAACAUAUAAGAACUCACAGUGGGAAAAAACCUCUUGAAUGUAAUGAAUGUGGGAAAGCCUUUAGUUGUUCCUCAAAGCUCAUUGAACAUAUAAGAUCUCACCGUGGAGAGAAGCCAUAUGGAUGUAAGAAAUGUGGGAAAGCGUAUACUCGAUCCAACAGCCUAACGAAGCACAUAAGAUCUCACAGUGCUGUGAAGCCUCAUGAAUGUAAGGAGUGUGGGAAAGCUUUUGCCCGUUCUGGUAGCCUAACUGUCCAUAAAAGGUCUCACACUGGAGAGAGGCCUUUUGAAUGUAAAGACUGUGGGAAAUCCUUUAGUGGUUCUUCACAACUUACUGAACAUACACGAUGUCACAGUGGAGUGAAGCCGUAUCAGUGUGAGAAAUGUGGGAAAGCUUUUGCUCGUUCUAGCAGCCUAACUGUCCAUAUAAGAUCUCACACUGGAGAGAAACCUUUUGAAUGUAAAGACUGUGGAAAAGCCUUUAGUUGUUCCUCGCGGCUCACUGAACAUACACGAUCUCACAGUGGAAUAAGGUCGUAUAGAUGUAAGGAAUGUGGGAAGGCUUACUAUAUUCACAGACAGCUCACUGAACAUAAAAAAACACACAGUAGAGAGAAGUCUUAUGAGUGUAAGGAAUGUGGGAAAGCCUUCACUCAGGCCUCAGGCCUCAAAGUACAUAAAAAAACACACAGUGGAGAGAAGCCUUAUGAGUGUAAUGACUGUGGAAAAGCUUUUCGUCACUCCUCAGGCCUCGUUGUACAUAAACGAUACCACAGUGGAGAGAGGCCUUAUGAAUGUAAGGAAUGUGGGAAAGCCUUUAUUUGUACCUCACGGCUCACUGAACAUAAAAGGUCUCACAGUGGAGUAAGGCCAUAUAGGUGUAAGGAAUGUGGGAAAGCCUUCCAUGUUAGCAGUCUUCUCGCUCAGCAUAAAAGAACACACAGUGGAGAGAAGCCUUAUCAGUGUAAGGACUGUGGGAAAGCCUUCAAAUACAUUGCAGGCCUCAGUGUACAUAAAAAAAAAACCCACAGUGGAAGGAAACCUUGA